UGGGCUCUGGGGAGCGCGGGUCAGCAGGGCGGUGGCCAGUGCUGCGCUUCGGUGCAGUAGUUCCUCCCUGACCGAAGAGGGCGCCGCGCCCUGCGGCCCAGGGAGAACAGAAGGGGCGGAGGCGAGAACGCGAGUCCACGGCUGGGGCUGACGCAUGCGCACCGCCCCCUGAUCCCGGUUCGACUCCCCUCGCUUCUUGGCCAGAGGCGCCGAUUGGACCCACGGGCAGAGCAUGAUGGUGGUGGGUACCGGCACGUCGUUGGCUCUGUCCUCGCUCCUGUCCCUGCUGCUCUUCGCUGGAAUGCAGAUGUACAGCCGCCAGCUGGCCUCCACCGAGUGGCUCACCAUCCAAGGGGGCCUGCUGGGUUCCGGCCUGUUCGUCUUCUCGCUCACCGCCUUCAACAAUCUGGAGAACCUUGUCUUUGGCAAAGGAUUCCAAGCCAAGAUCUUCCCCGAGAUUAUCCUCUGCCUCCUGCUGGCUCUCUUUGCAUCUGGCCUCAUCCAUCGGGUGUGUGUCACCACUUGCUUCAUCUUUUCCAUGGUGGGGCUGUACUACAUCAACAAGAUCUCGUCCACUCUGUACCAGGUCUCAGCACCCGUCCUCACACCAGCCAAGGUCACAGGCAAGGGCAAGAAGAGAAACUGACCCCGCGUGUCUAAUAAAGUUCAUUCUUUGUA